UGACCAGCAGUUGUGUAUUACAAACAACUUGUUGACCAAGAGGGUCGACAACGAAAGACGCUGACGUUGCUGCUUAAACGUUUUAUAGUAAUUACAGUGACAUCGUAGGGACAGGACAAUGGGCAGCGGGCCGAGUAUUCCCGAUGUUUCCGUGCCAAGGGAUAGAGUUGUUGUAGUUACCGGAGGCAACACGGGUCUUGGUUAUGAAGCUGCUAAACACAUCGCCAUGAUGGGAGCUACCGUUAUCAUCGCUUGUCGCUCGGAACAAAGAGCCAUGGAGGCAAUAGAGAGAAUGAAUAAGGAAUUUCGGGAAGCAAAAGAAAGGGGAGAAAAAAAUAUCAUACAAGACGACAAGUUAAAUGUCGAGUUUAUGCUCCUUGAUCUUGCGUCCUUGAAAUCGACGAUGAACUUCAUCGCCAUGUUCAAGAGUUCAGGCCGGAAACUGCAUGUUCUGCUAUGUAAUGCCGGUGUUGGUUUGGUUGUUAGAGGUUAUACAGAAGAUGGAUAUGAAAUGCACUUCCAGGUCAACUAUCUAGGUCACUUCCUUCUAGUCGCUCAUCUUCUACCAAUCAUGAAGCAGAGUGGCGAUGACUGCCGAAUCGUAUUCGUUUCAAGCUCAGCUCAUGAAUACGGAAACUUUAAUCUUGAAAAAGCACAAGCCAAAAUAGAAACAGAUUAUUCUAGAAUGAAGUAUUAUGGAAAUUCUAAAAUGUACCAGAUACAGCACAUGUCCUGUCUAGUCCGCCGACUCCAGGAUUCGAACGUCAGUGUUACGUGUCUUCACCCAGGUAUAGUGGCUACAGAGAUAAAUAGAAAUUACAGCGACAUGCGAUGUUUUCACGGUAUGAUCCGGUGUAUGAACAAUACAGGUUGUUUUAAGUCGUCUUAUCAAGGAGCGAUAACUCUGAUCGACGCGGCAGUCAACCCCAAGUGGAAAGGCGUCAAUGACGUAUACUUUGUGAAGACUAAACCAGCAGCAACAGCUAGUGCAGCGAGAAACAAGCAAUACCAAGAGGACCUUUGGAAGUACUCUCUGCAUUGUUUACAGGAUUAUUUGUCUGAUGACGUUAUAUCCGCAUUGGAAGGACUAAAAUAGUAUCUUAUUACCACAAGGAACAAACUUAUUUUCCUUAAUCCAUACGUGUGAAGUCACACUACUGUAAUACUGUAAAUUAUUUUUUAAGAAUCUACAACUGAGAACAAUA